CUUUGACCCAGCUAUAUCACAAUUUCAAUAUUAAACCUGAAUGUUUACUCUUGGUCUCACUGUGUAUUAACUUCUUCAUAGAUAUUCCUGUCUGCAAGUAACAUUGUUAAAUUGUUUUGUCGGUUAUUGGAUUAACUACAAGAAUGGUGGAGUAAUAAUUUUAUUCUGGAGUAAGAAAGUACAUUGAUGUACUAAUCCAAUCAGUAUGAGUUCAUCAUGAUCUUCAGUCACUUACUGCAGUCUACUAGGCUCUAAAGUGCAUUUGUCAAUACUCAGCAGCUACGAAGCCAGUGCAAUAUUAAUCAAGUAUUGCAAAACUCACAAAACACACUGGAACUAUGUCAUUGCUUUAUAACCUAUUAAGAACAAUUAUAAAUAUUCCUGGAUGGUUAUGUGUGCUUCUCCUGGGAGCAUUCACGUGGACAAUAUGGCGGUACAUUCACCCAUGGGGUUCAUCUCAUUUACCUCCAGGUCGAGCUCCAUGGCCCCUCCUGGGAAAUAUAUCCCUCAGGCUGAACAAAACUAAUGAGAGGAGACUAUGGGAGACAUCUAUAGAUCUAAGGAGUUACACUAUCAGCCAGUGGCUGGGACCCAUGUAUAUGAUUGUCCUACAUAGGUAUGAAGACAUCAAAGAAGCAUUUUCAAAGGAUGAGUUUUCUGGACGAAAUGAAUCACUAUUCAAAGGCCCUUUGAAUAAAUAUGUUUUCAGUGGACUGUUCAAUGUUGAAGGCCCUCGGUGGGAAGAACAAAGAAAAUUCACAAUAACAACCCUUAAAGAAUUUGGACUUGGUAGGAAUAGAAUCGAACAAACAAUACAGAAGGAAUUCCUUGAAUUGUCAAAAGAAAUAGCCAAACAUAAUGGAGAGGCCUUUGAUAUGAAACACUUACUCAACACAUGUGUGUCCAAUAUAAUUUGCUCAAUGGUAUUUGGUCACCGGUUCAACUACACAGAUAAAACAUUCCAAAGAAUGAUGAAUCUUAUGGGAGAGAACACAGUCAACUUCAGAAGGGCUAUCAUUGGAUCAAUGAUUCCUGGCUCAAGAUUUAUUCCAGGUGAUCCAUUCUGUAUCAAGAAACUCAAAGCAAACAUAGAUGAAAUAAGAAGGAUGGUAAUUGUGCCUGAAUUGAAGGCACAUAUGGAGAACUAUGACCCUAACAGUGUGAAUGAUUAUAUAGAUGCUUUCAUAAAACAAAUGAGGAAGCCCCAAAGUGAGGAAACAGAGACCUGGUUUACAGAAGACCAACUACAGUGGAACAUAGAGGACCUGUUUGCAGCAGGUACUGAGACAACUGCUACAAGUUUAAGGUGGGUAUUCCUGUGCAUGUUACAUUAUCCAGAUGUACAAACCAAGGUGAGAAGUGAGAUCCAUAGAGUAGUGGGCAAAGAAAGGCUGCCCUCUAUGCAUGACAAAGUAAACAUGCCCUACACUGAGGCUACAUUGGUGGAGAUACAAAGGGCAUGUACUGUCACUUCACUGGGCCCCCCACACUGCAGCUUUCAUGAGCCCACUAAAUUCCAGGAUUAUAUAUUGCCUCCUAGAACAAACAUAUUUGCUAACUUUUACGCUGUAAACAAUGACCCUGAUUAUUGGAAGGAUCCUGAAAAAUUCAGACCUGAGAGAUUCAUAGGAGAGGAUGGAAAGUUCAAGAAAGAUGACCACGUCAUGACCUUCUCUGUUGGAAAGAGAUCAUGUAUUGGUGAAUCUCUAGCCAAGAUGGAACUAUUUCUAUUCUUCACCUGUGUUCUUCAGAGGUAUAAAGUGGUUCAACCCGAGGGUGUUGCAUUACCAUCAAUGGACAGAGUUCCUGGAAUUGCCAUUGGCCCAAAGCCUUACAAGCUGAGACUCAUCAAAGAUUAACAUUUACUUGACAGCAAAACAAUGAAUGAUUACAAAAUGCCUAUUUAUUGUACCUUAAACUGAUGUGAAAUCAUGCAUAAUGAAUAAGUAAAUAAGUUUCAGACUAGAAUACUUAGAGUGUGGCUACUCAUUGACACAAGCCUUCAACAUGGUGCAUGUACGUGCACAUCAAUAUUUUCUAUGAAUAAUCAAAAUGCUGAACUCAAAUGGUGCUUUCAUGCUUUAUUAUUUGACAUGAGUAAAUGGUUCUGAUCAGAUUAUAUCUUUUAGAAUCAUGAAUAGCUAAUGGAUAACAAUCAUGUGAAAGUGGUUGAACUUAAAAUGUCUUGCAAAAUGUAUCUUUUAUCA